AUGUUGAGAACAUCGCGUUUCUUAAAGAAAUUGAAUGAAAAUAUUAACUGCUCUUGUAAAAGACUACAAAACACAACAGUUAAUGAAAAGCAGAGCUUUCGCCAAAAGGCUUGGCAAGCGGCCCGCCAACGCUAUGGUAACUAUGAGCACGUGCACUACAGCUCGUUCCUCGAGUACAACUUGGGGCAGCUGAAUAAAUUUCAUCAAAUAAAUCAAACGGCUUUUCCGCCAUUGGAUGCGUUGCGUGACAUGGAGAGUGAACUGACAGAAAAAUACGUUUCAUCAUAUCCACACAAUUGGAUGGAGGACUAUGAGUUCUAUAAGGGUGCAAGCGAUGAAGCGGGCAACAUUGAUGCCCAACAUGGAACGCCCGAUGCAACAGUGCAGCCAUCAACUGUGCCUUGCAAUGGCUGUGGAGCACAUUUGCACUGUGUUAGUAGCUCCAUGCCUGGCUACAUACCCAGCGAAAUAUUUAAGGGUCGCACGAUAUCCGAGCUACAGACCAUUACCUGCCAGCGCUGCCAUUUCCUUGAGCACUAUAAUAUUGCGUUAGACGUGGAAGUGCCGCCCUCGGCGUAUGUGGAAACCAUUUCGCGCAUACAGGACAAGUAUGCCUUGGCUAUUAUUAUUGUCGAUCUGCUGGAUUUGCCCAGCUCAAUUUGGCCGGGCAUGCAACAAGUUCUUGGCAGCAAGCGACCAGUGUUUCUGGUGGGAAAUAAGGUAGAUUUGCUGCCGCGUGAUUCGAACAGCUAUUUGACACAUGUGAAAAGCUGUCUCAAGCAGCAGUUCAUAAAAUACGGUGGCUUUAAUGCACUUAACAUUAAGAAUAUCAGUCUUAUAUCGGCCAAGACUGGCUACGGCAUUGAGGAGCUCAUAACGCAGCUGCACAAGAUUUGGCAAUAUAAAGGCGAUGUGUAUUUGCUGGGCUGUACCAAUGUGGGCAAGAGCUCGCUUUUCAAUAUAUUGUUAAAUUCGGAUUAUUGCAGGCCAGAGGCCAGUGAGCUAGUUCGCAAGGCAACGACUUGUGCUUGGCCAGGCACCACACUGCAAAUGCUUAAGUUUCCCAUAUUGCGACCCUCCGAGAUUCGCGUCUAUCACCGCUUUAAGCGUCUUUUUUCGGAACGUGCGCAGCGCGCUGCCUUGGAGAAGCUGCGACGCGACCAGGCUAAGGAAACGGGUACUUUGGCAGCGGCUCAGCUAAUUGGAAACGUAGGACGCACUUUUGAACAUCGUGUAGAUGUGGAGGAUGCAUUUGCCAUGUCAACAGGUACGCAGCCCAUAACGACGCUCAACGAACGGAAGGCGGAGUAUCGCGAGGCCCGUUGGGUUUAUGAUACGCCUGGUGUUAUGCAGCCGGAUCAACUGACGCCAUUGCUUACGACGCAAGAGUUGCUGCGUCUACAACCCACAAAGAUGUUGAGACCCCGAGCCUUUCGCUUGGCACCCACUAUGUCCCUCCUAUUGGGUGGCUUGGCACGCGUUGAUUUGCUGGAAUGUAACCAAUACUACCUAAAAUUGUUUGUCUUUGCGGCAGAAACGCUGCCGAUACUAAUAACAGAUACGCAGCAGGCUGAGAUGGUUUAUGGACGCUAUUUAGGCACGCCAUUGUUGGGUGUUCCCAUGGCUGGUGAAGAUGAAACGCGUCUGCAACGCUGGCCUGGAUUGCAGUGCAUGGAACAGGAUAUCGUGGUCCAAAGCGGCGCGAUGAUUAAUAGACAAGCCGAAAAGCAACUUAAUUGUGAUAUAACCCUUAGUUCCGCAGGCUGGCUGGGCCUGCUGCUGCCAGAGAACUCUGAGUGCACCUGGCGUGUUUGGACUCCGCAGGCAACUGGCAUUUAUGUACGCAAGCCGGCCUUGAUACCACAGGCAGACCGUUUGGUGGGAAAACACAUUCGUUAUUCUCUAGCCUAUAAUACAGCUAAGCCAUUUGUAUUUAGAAAAUAGCUGAUAUAUUUUAACUGCAUUGUGAAAAAAAAGAAAACAAAAUUAAUUAAAGCAACAAAUUUAUAGUUUCGUUAAA